GCUCAGCGCGCUUCUCUCACCCCCGCCCAACGCGCCUGGCUCUCUCGGUAUGGCGGACGGCGAGAGGUCCCCGCUCCUGUCAGAUUUAGGAGAUGGUGCUCUCGGCGGCGGCGGCAACGGAGGUUUGUCCCCCGGCGCGGCGCCUUACGGCGUGGCGGGCAACAAGCCGCAGAGCUUCCCGCCGUUUCCCAGCCCCACUCAGCCUUCUGUGCUCCUCGGGGAAGACCCGCCACCGUAUUCCCCUCUUACCUCACCGGAGAGUGGCAGCGCUCCUGUCAUCAGCUGCAGGGUGUGCCAGAGUUUGAUAUCGGUGGAGGGGAAAAUCCACCAGCAUGUGGUCAAGUGUGGUGUCUGCAAUGAAGCCACACCCAUUAAGAACGCUCCAGCAGGCAAGAAAUAUGUCCGCUGUCCUUGCAACUGUUUGCUCAUCUGCAAAGUCACCUCCCAGAGGAUCGCUUGUCCUCGGCCAUACUGUAAGCGGAUAAUCAACUUGGGUCCGGUUCAUCCCGGCCCAGCCAGUCCCGACCCCCAGCCAGCCGGGGCCCGGGUCUCGUGCGGACACUGCAGCAAAACCUUUUUGUGGACCGAGUUCACUGACCGCACGCUGGCCCGCUGCCCGCACUGCAGGAAAGUCUCCUCCAUUGGACAGAGGUACCCCAGGAGGCGGAGCUUGUGGUGUUUUCUUCUCUGCUUGCUGUUCAGCAUCUCCACUGCUGGUUUGAUUGCCGGCACGUGGCUCCAGGCGCAGACUUACCCGGGCAUCUACGCCUCGUGGGCAGUGCUGCUGCUUCUGGUGUUGGUGACGCUGGCGCGGGCCUUCUACUGGGCCUGCAUGCGGGUCAGUCAGCCCCUCCAGAGCUUCACAUAGACACGCCCUUGACCCCUUUCCUCCAAACAUGAAGCGCCCUCUUCCUAACUGGCCAGGCUGGAGGAUGAAUGGCUUUAAAAACCAAGCACCAGAUGACGAUAACAUAUUUAUUUCAACCGAGUCCUUAAUUUUACUCACUUGCUGUUACAACUGGCUAAUUCCUGUAUUCACCUUCUAUUUAUUCCAGUCCUGUGACCUCUGCUGCUGUUUCCCCCCCCCCCCUUCAAACAUCCGCUCUAUCAUUUUAUCACGUAGAAGCAUUUAACAUUUCUAAACCAGCGAGGAAGCAAAUCGACGCGAGCCGCCUGAGGGAUGUUGUCCAACCUUCCCCGCUGUCGUCUUUGUGAAUUAAAAGGAUGAAGGAAGCGUUUGAAAUGAGAAGUUUAGAAGCAUAUGAAUUUUCCUUCCCCUCCCCAAGGGAUCGACUUUGAUGUGAGACCGCCUGAACGCCUUAAAAGCGACGGUAAUGGAAGGAAUUUUGCGUCCAAGUGCGCACGCUGUAAACAAAAAUUGAGCAACUGUAACGCGCUCGCUUUUGGGUGCCAUCAUGAAGCCAGUCAUCUCAACAGCUUUAUUGUUUGUAAUGUUUUUAAAGCCGGGGCAUCCAAACUUUUUUCCACCGAGGGCCGCGUGCGGAAAAUUAAUGGACAGUGGAGCCACUUUUAUUCUUCACUUUUUGCGUUUGCAAAGCCGAUCCAACGUUGGUCUCGAUAUGCUAAGCAGUUUAAUAUACUUGACCAAAUACAAAAUAUACUGCUAUCUAAAAUGUUCCCGAUUGAUUAAUAAAUAUUUUUCAAAUCCUACACAGGCCAAUACGUUUUUUUCAUUGAUUAUUUUAUUUUGGACAAAGUCAAGUAUCAUAGACGAUUCAUUUUUUUUUUAAUAAAGUGUUUUAAUCUGAAAUUAAAAAAACAAACACGAUCCUGGCAAAUGUGAUUUUGGUAAUUUUUUUGUCAAUUAAAUUGUAUGGUUUUUUUUAGGUAUAGUUUGCGCCUUUACUUAUCCUAUCCACUUAAUUUAUUGAGCUAUUUUUUAAGAUUAGUCUGCUGCACUGUCGUUGAGACAAAUACACCUGAAACACACUCGAAUACAAAAGUUUGUCGGUUAUUUUUGAAUAUCCACACUUGUUUGUUUGCUUUUCAGUGUAACGCUAAUCAUCCUCGCUAAUGUUUUGACGCAGGCUGUGUUCUGAUGUUAUUUAAUAUUAGAACAAAAAGAUACACAAAUGGCCCUCGGGCUGCGCGUUAAAUACCACUGCUCUAAUUGAUACACAUACAAAGCAAAACACGUUUUAUAGUAAGUCACUGACUGUAACGUUUUGACUUUUCCCAACUUUCCGAAUGCACCACUAGGGGAAGGCGACUUUAUAAAGCUGGAGGUGCUAAGCUUCCUUAUUGGUUGCUUGUGUUUCUAAGCUUCUGCUUUGACUGUCUUAUUUAACGUAGUUAAGGAUGUACCGCCAUGGUAACCAAGCGCAAACUAGCAGAAGACCCCUCGGACCUCAGUGUGCUUAAUUCAGUGAUAAUCGCAGCUUCAUGUUGAACGGGAUCAUGUCGAGACCGCCUCCUCUAACGACAUCCUGGAUUGUUUGAAUUUGGCAAUGCAAGCCUCUGUUAUCGCAGACUUUUUUUUUUUUUGUAAAUAGUUGGGGUUUUUUUUGUGGGGGUUUUUUUCGGGACAAUUAUGUUGCACUUGGAGCGAGGAGUUAAAAACACUAACAUGGUGAUCGUUUUUACUUCUGUUACAUAUUUAAUGAGCUACUAACCUGAUGACCUGAACACACACACACACACACGCACACACAAACCUUGCACAGCAGUGUCAGACUGCAUCCACCAGGUGAUGCUACGACUCAGCCGAGGUCGCACAUUGUUGUUUCCAAGUCAAGUUUGAAGCGUUAUCAUGCUAGCAAAAAGCCUUAAUGUUUUACUGUCUUCAAUCAUGAUCAUGUUUUGUUUUUUUUAUUAUUGUUUGAAAUCAGUGCGGUUAUCUCGAUGGUGUUUUAAUAAACGAGUCAAUUGUGUAUCCGUGGCGAUGAUGUUUUAUGGACGAUGCUCAUGAAUAGACAAAAGGCCGCCUGACGCUCUUCUCGGAGUGUUUACACGCAAAUAAAGACAUGACCACGUGGGGAAAAAACA